GAUAAAUGGUUGGACUUGACGGUGGUCCACGACUAUCGAGCCAAUAGAGGGAGAGGGCGUGCGAGCGUGGGUUCUUGUAGAAACCCUAAUUCGUGUUCGAGGAGCUACGAAAAUUUCGAUCCCCGUCCCUUCCCUUCCCUUCCCUUCGAAGGCUUGGAAGCCCUAAUUCUGUGAGGAGCUGCGAGGAAUUUUCCAGUUUUUCUUUUGGAAACCCUAGCUCGUCGAGCGAGGAGUUCUCUUUUUCCUGCGGAUCCGGCUCAAAGGGGAGAGAGAGCUAGGAGAUGGGGACAUGAAGAAAGUUUGCCCAAGUACACCAAUCCCAGCUCGGCGAUCUGAUUUUCUAAGGCGAGCAGGGUAAGGUGUCUGCAGAAGGAAGAGGUCUAGGAGACAGAUGUGAGGAAGGGGGCUCUGCAUACUGGUGAACUCAUUAUCCUUUUGGGGCUAAGCAGAAUGGCAGCUAAGCCACUAACAACUGAAGCAAUUGCUCUUACUGAGAAGAAAAUGGACAUGACUUUAGAUGAUAUCAUAAAAAUGUCAAAGAAAAACACAUCUAAAGGGAAAAGACCUCCGAGACAGCCAAUCAAAAGCCGAGGCUUCCAGAAUGGCAAUGCUUCCCAGGGUAAAACUAAGGCUCAGCGAUUCAUGGAUUCUAGGUCAUCAAUUAGACAGGGUGUGCUUGCACAGAGAAGGUCAAAUUUUCGUGGGAAUGAGUUUCCUGUAACAACAGAGGUUGCUAGGAGGGCUGCUGCCAUGCCAAUUCGUAACAGGGGGGUUAACUGGAACAGGCCAAGAGUUGCAGUUGCAUCAGUACAAAGGAGGUCUGCUGCUGAUAGCUUUGGUGGAAAGGAUAAGGUGGUUUCCAAGCAGAGGCCACAGACCUUGGAUGCACUGUUUGCAAAUAUGAAGGAGCAGAGGAUGAAGGCGACGUCCCAGCAGACAAACAAUCGUAAUGGCCGUCAGACUGCACCAAUGUUUCGUGCCCAGUGGCGGGGCAGAGGUGGAGCUGCACCUCGUGGUGCUACCCGCCGGUUUGGAAACUAUGUUAAGUAAUUGAAUUGGUGUUCCCUCAUGUAUGUUCAUCAUCUCAUCAAUAUCCAUCUUGUGCUGCAAAGUGAUGCUUCGACCAUGUUCUCUUUGAAAUGGCCCUGUUGGUUGCACAGAAGAUGUGGAAAGGACAGCACUACUGCUGCACUGUCACUUUAUUUACCCCUGGAUUUGCAUCUUUUGCAACUUUAACUGGUUGUGUGCUAUGAUGUAGUCAGUUUUUUCCUUUUAGUGCAAAUGGUUGACGAGAUUGCCUUAAGUAUCUGAAUGAACCUUGACUGCAGUUUAUAAUUAGUUGUUUC